UUCACCCACGCAUACACACCCCUUUUCUUUUUCUCUCUCAAUUUCCUUUCUUUUCUCUCUCUUUACACCUUCUUCACUGUCGUUUGUUUACUGAUCUGUUUUCCAGAUCUCUCUCUCUGAUUUAUGGACAAAGGAUGGGGCCUAACCCUCCGUGAUUCUGAGUCUAUUGGGUUCUUCUCAAACAAGCCUCCCACUUCUGGGGAUUUGAAUUACCGACACCCCACCAUUAGAAUGUUCCAAGGGAUUGAAUUUCCGGGCAAGCUUGGCCGGACUGAUCACGACGACGCUGCUGCUCCCACGCCGCCCGACGACAACAACCGCUUGGCCGUCAACGAGGUUGAUUUCUUUUCCGACAACAAAAGAGUGCUUGACGAUCGGGAGGAUCAUCAAGACUCCAAACCCACAAAUAUUGUCACCACCACCACCGGUGUCAAUAAAUUAGAAGACAAGAUUUUGGCACCUCCCAGGCCUGCCUUCAAUAUUGUAAACACUGGUUUGCACCUGCUGACUGCUAAUACCGGAAGCGAUCAAUCCACGGUGGAUGAUGGGAUUUCAUCGGAUGGUGAAGACAAGCGAGCCAAAAACGAGCUAGCGCAGCUUCAAGUGGAGCUGCAGCGUAUGAACGCCGAGAAUCACAAGCUGAGGGACAUGCUAAGCCAUGUGAGCAACAAUUACAGUACCCUACAAAUGCAUCUCUUUACCUUAAUGCAACAGCAGCCGAAUCAGGCAUCGGAACCACCUGCGCAUGCCCAUGAGCGAGAGAUUGGGGAGAAGAAACCGGGAGAAAAACAAGAUCAAGUUGGAAGGGUGCAGGUGGUACCGAGGCAAUUUAUGGAUCUAGGACCCAGUGGGACAGCCGAAACCGACGAGUUAUCCAAUUCUUCAUCGGACGAAAGAACUCGUUCCGGGUCUCCAUUGAACAACGCGGCGGAAACCGCCUCAAAAAAGAGCAGUGGGAGAGAUCAGGAGAUGCCUCCCAGCUUUGAUCAUCAGGACAAUAAUUCCAAUUUCAGAUCAGACAACAAAAGAUCCAUUGGUGGCAGAGAAGAAAGCCCCGAGUCUGAAUCCCACGCUUGGGGACCUAAUAAAGCCCCCAGAUUGAACUCUUCAAAACCACUCGAUCAAUCAACAGAAGCCACCAUGAGAAAAGCACGUGUCUCCGUCCGUGCUCGAUCAGAAGCGCCCAUGAUUUCUGAUGGAUGUCAAUGGCGAAAAUAUGGCCAGAAAAUGGCUAAAGGAAACCCGUGUCCACGGGCUUAUUAUCGCUGCACAAUGGCAGUUGGCUGCCCAGUUCGCAAACAAGUCCAACGUUGCGCUGAGGAUAGGAGUAUAUUGAUAACAACAUAUGAAGGGAACCACAACCACCCACUUCCGCCGGCGGCGAUGGCGAUGGCGUCAACCACGACGGCGGCGGCGAGCAUGUUGUUAUCGGGGUCCAUGUCCAGUGCGGACCAUAGCCUAAUGAACCCCAAUUUACUGGCUCGAGCCAUACUUCCAUGCUCGUCGAGCAUGGCCACGAUUUCAGCAUCGGCUCCAUUUCCCACCAUCACACUAGACCUCACUCACACCCCAAACGCUCUACAAUUCCAAAGACCGGCGGCGGCCCCGUUCCACGUGCCCUUCCCGGCCGGCCAACCACCGUCAGCCGCCGCCGCCCAAUUGCCGCAGGUCUUGGGGCAGGCUCUGUACAACCAAUCGAAAUUCUCCGGGCUACAGCUGUCUCACGAGAUGGGAGUGGGAGGGGGAGGGCCCAAUAAUUCCCAUUUGGGCCACCCCCAAAUUGCACAGCCGGCCCAGCCUGGGGCCGCCUCCUUCGCCGACACGUUGAGUGCAGCUACGGCCGCUAUCACCGCCGAUCCAAACUUCACCGCCGCUCUCGCCGCCGCCAUCUCCUCCAUCAUCGGCGGCGCUCAUUCCAAUAAUAAUAACAACAACAAUAAUACCCCCACCACCACCACCACCACAAACAACAACAACAACGGAAGCACCAACAUGACGUCAAGCAACAGCAGCAAAAUUAGCAGUUUCCCAGGAAAUUAAAAUUUUAAAUUAAAUAUUAUAUUAAUCUGCCCAUAGUUAUAUUACGUUGGUUAAUCUUUUCUUUUUUUCCGUUUUGUCCUCGAUUCCUAGUGGGGGUCGGUUUUUGUCCCUUUCUUUUUCCCUUUUUACUACUCCUUUUCAUCAUGUCCAGCAUGGGGAUAACAUGUCCAUACUUUUUCUUUUUAUUUUGGGGGGAAAAUUUAGAACACGACUUCAUUAUUCUUUCCAAUUGUUUCAUUUUGAAUAAUUAUUAUAAUAUAUAUAUGAAAGGAAAGUAUUUAAUACA